AGCUCGAGCUCUCGCUCUUUCCUUCACCUCUACUCAUCCCCUCCUCCCUCUUCCUCCGCGUCCUCUCCAAGCUCCGAUCCCAGUCCCAAAUCGCCCUCGCAUUCGCCCUGAUCUUCUCGGCCCCGUGUGCGCCGGCGCAACGUCGCCGUCGACCACCUCGAUCGAGCGCCACCACAUCGCCGGCGUCGUCCACUUCGCCGUCGCCGACCAGGUCUACGAUCUCCAGUUCUUCGAGGAGAUCCGUCGCAUCAAGUAUGUUCACCAAUAUCCAUGGUGGUAGUGUUAAUCACCGCACCUCCUGUUGAUGAGAAGGGGCGGCUUCCGAAGUAAGCCUCCUUUUUUUCUCUCUCUUCAAGAGCUGUAUAUGGCAAGAAGGCAAGGAAAGACCCAGAGAGAACAAAUGAGAUUACUGGUAUUUAUGCAAGGCAGUGUGUUGAGCUGGCCAAAGAAAUGCAUAUUCCAUUCAUUGAUAUCUGGUAAAAAAUGCAAGAAACUAAAAGGAUGGCAGAAACUUUUCUUGAGAAAUAUUAAAGGUGCAAACUUACUGGUUGACCCCAAUGGUCGAGUUAAGCUGGCAGAUUUUGGGAUGGCAAAACAUAUUAGCGGACAAUCAUGUCCCUUAUCAUUCAAGGGAAGCCCAUAUUGGAUGGCACCUGAGGUUAUCAAAACUACAAAUAGCUGCAGUCUUGUUGUUGAUGUUUGGAGCUUGGGGUGCACGGUUCUGGAAAUGGCCACUUCAAAACCACCGUGGAGCCAGUAUGAAGGGGCUGGCACUCCACACUUUGGCGCAUUUACGACAGGACUCGUAAAUGUGUUGAAGCUUAUCCAACCGAUCAAGGACAAGUAUUCUGGGGUUACUUACGCCGAUUUAUUCCAAUUGGCCAGUGCUACAGCCAUUGAGCCGGCGGCCCCAAAAUUCCCAUGAAGUACGGAAGAGUCGACGUAACAGGACCUGAGCAAUGCCCAGCGGAGAGAAAACUUCCCGGUUAGUGUUAUUACUCGAUUGAUUACAACGGUUCUUAAGAGAAAGGGGAUUAAGAGCUGCCGUUUAUGUUCGUGUGCAUUGAAAGUGUUUUCCUUUGUUGUAAGCUUGUGAUUUAUCAAACACUUUCAUUCAAGUGAUUAGCUCCAGUGAUAAUUCUACUCAAGUAGGAAUAUUUGAAGAUAUAUUAUAAGUUAGCUUUAUAUUAAUAGCACCAAGUGCUUGAUAUACAGUAAUUUUUUAUUGUUAGAUGAAUUAGGCUAUUAAUAGUAU